AUCUAUGGGAGAAGUUUCUGUGUGAACUUGGGUGCGGGGGACGAAAGUACUAGCUGCUUUACAAUAUUACCCAAUACAUCAUAAAAGAGAGAGAGGAAGACCCACGUCAGCAGGGGGUGGAGAGAGAAAUUUCCUUGAAUGGGUUUACUUUUAGAAUGUGCAAGGGGCUAAAGGACUAGCUAGCUAAGCCUGGCUGUGAGAACGGAUAGACCUGUGUGCCUGCUUGCACGUGAGAGGGGUCAGUGGGGGAGAGACACGCGGUGUGUGUGAGGGAAGCAGCCCUGUGUGUGCUGUGCCUGUGAAAAGAAAUAGCCCGCGGGGAGGGGAUAGAGCUGUGUGGGGAGGAAGGGAGAAAAGAUCUGUGCGUGGGAGAGAAGGGAAUAGCCCUACAGGCUGUGUGUGGGUGUGUAAGGGGACGGGGGAGGGGGCCAGCCCUGUGUGGGGAAGAAGAAGAGGAAUAGCCCAGUGUGUGUGUGGCAGGGACAGACCGCGCAGUUCUGGCGGGGCUGGGAGACCUUCUCUCGGGGUGUCUCUGGAGAGCGGGGAGCUGGCAGCCGGUCGUGGCUCCUCCGCUGAGCCUUGUCCCAUCCGCUUUGUGACUUCACUGGCUCCGUAACAGAGCCCGCUCCUCCUCCCCGCCCGCCCGCUCGCUCCUGCUGCCCAGCGCCUCCCGUGCCCGGCCGGGGUGGGCUGUGGCCGCGCAUCCCCCGGGGCAGGAUGCUGUGCUUCAUGCCGGGGGUGGCCUUCGUCCCCGCGCUGCUCGUCUGCUGGUCCUCGGCCGCCUUCAUCAUCUCCUAUGUGAUCGCCGUGCUAGGGGGGCACGUGGAGCCGCUCGUCCCCUACAUCAGUGACACAGGAACAAAACCUCCAGAAAGUGGCAUCUUUGGGUUUAUGAUUAAUAUUUCAGCAUUUUUAGGUGCAGCUACAAUGUACAUCAGAUAUUUAAUAAUAGAGAAGCAAAAUGAAUCAUCACAUUUUAUGAGUCCUUCAUGUAACUUAAUUGCAUUAUGUAUUGGAUUUCUGGGCUGUAUUGGAAUGGGCAUUGUUGCAAAUUUUCAGGAGUUAUCUGUUCCCAGCGUCCAUGAUGGAGGAGCUCUUGUGGCUUUUGGCUCUGGUGUUGUUUACAUUGCACUUCAGUCUGUCAUCUCUUUCAAGUCAUGUCCACAAUGGAACAGUCACUGUACAUGUUAUAUCAGGAUGGCCAUCUCUAUAGUGUCAUGCAUAGCUGUCAUUCCCAUGAUUGCAUGUGCAUCAUUAAUUUCCAUAACAAAAGUUGAAUGGAUUCCAGGUGAAAAGGAUUAUACUUAUCAUUUUGUGAGUGCAAUCUGCGAAUGGACAGUGGCCUUUGGUUUUAUCUUCUUCUUCUUAACCUUCAUUAGAGAUUUUCAGGGAGUUACCUUAAGGAUAUUAACAGAAAUGCAUGAAGACUUCUGAUAAUAGAGAAAUUAUAUUUUUAUCAAUGAACAUUGUAGGAUUUUUUUUAUUAAAGAAAAUGUUGCAGUGAAACGAGGGAUUUCAAUGCUGAUAUGACAUGAAGCCACUGCAUCAACUCUGCAAUCUGCAUGAUCCUAUCCAAGGACACCUUUUUAAUACUAACAUUUCUAAAUGCACUUUUCUCCUGAAUGGGCUCUCUUUAGUCUGCAUCCUUGCAAUAUUUUGUAAUUUUUAAUACUGUUUGAUCAUUU